AAAAAAAAAAAAAGAUGGAUGUUAUGGAAUAAAGACAAAGACAAAGGCAAUUUGACACCUUACUGAAUGUUUGCCUGGGAGUGGUUUUGACUCCGGUGGGGUUCACAGAGUUUUGUUUUUGUUUUUUUUCUUUCACAACCAAAGGUGGAGCUAGGGGAAAAGGAGUUUAAUCUGAAGUAGGCAUCCCUGUUGGUUCUAUUCUGUCCUGGGAAGUGUUCAAGGAAGAAAAGUCUCUGUAGAAGACAGAGGAAACAGCAGGUGCUGAAGGUGUUAACUGAACACCAAACCAACAAAUAGCAACACGCCUAGAACGAUUUACUACUGCAAAACUUAUCUUGAUGCAGUGAGGGCAUAGGAAAGAAUGAGCUAUUACGGUGGCGGCCAUCGGAUUGUAAACGUGAACCCUAAAUAUCCAUUCUACCCCCCAGAACACAUUAUAGCUGAGAAAAGAAGAGCAAGAAGACGCCUGCUCCACAAAGAUGGCAGUUGUAAUGUGUAUUUCAAGCACAUUUUUGGAGAAUGGGGAAGCUAUAUGGUCGACAUUUUCACCACUCUUGUGGACACCAAGUGGCGCCAUAUGUUUGUUAUAUUUUCUUUGUCUUAUAUUCUUUCCUGGUUGAUUUUUGGCACUAUCUUUUGGCUAAUAGCCUUUCAUCAUGGAGAUCUAUUGAAUGAUCCAGCCGUCACACCUUGUGUGGACAACGUCCAUUCUUUCACAGGGGCGUUUUUGUUCUCCCUGGAGACCCAGACCACCAUAGGUUAUGGCUACCGCUGUGUCACUGAAGAAUGUUCUAUGGCAGUGCUCAUGGUGAUCAUUCAGUCCAUCUUAAGCUGCAUCAUAAAUACCUUCAUCAUUGGAGCUGCCUUGGCCAAAAUGGCAACUGCUCGAAAGAGAGCGCAGACCAUUCGGUUUAGCUAUUUUGCACUCAUAGGCAUGAGAGAUGGGAAGCUUUGCCUCACGUGGCGCAUUGGUGAUUUCCGACCAAACCAUGUGGUAGAAGGAACAGUAAGAGCCCAACUUCUCCGCUACACAGAAGACAGCGAAGGACGGAUGACAAUGGCAUUUAAAGACCUAAAGUUAGUCAAUGACCAGAUCAUCCUUGUCACACCAGUAACUAUUGUUCAUGAAAUUGACCAUGAGAGCCCUCUUUAUGCCCUUGACCGCAAAGCAGUGGCCAAAGACAACUUUGAGAUUUUGGUGACAUUCAUCUAUACUGGUGAUUCUACUGGAACAUCUCACCAAUCCAGAAGUUCCUAUGUCCCCCGAGAAAUUCUCUGGGGCCACAGGUUUCAUGAUGUCUUGGAAGUUAAGAGAAAGUAUUACAAAGUGAACUGCUUACAGUUUGAGGGGAGUGUUGAAGUUUAUGCUCCUUUUUGCAGUGCUAAACAAUUGGAUUGGAAAGAUCAGCAGCUCCAAAACAUGGAAAAAGCACCACCAGUCCAAGGAUCCAGCACUUCAGACACCAAGGUCAGGCGAAGGUCAUUUAGUGCAGUUGCCAUUGUCAGCAGCUGUGAAAACCCCGAGGAGCCCACUACCUCUGCCGUGGAUGAGUGUAAGGAAGUGCCUUAUCAGAAAGCCCUCGUAACUUUAAAUAGAAUCACUGUAGAAUCCCAAAUGUAGUCUUAAACUGUAAUUACAAGGGCUACCGCACAAUCAUUUUACCCUCCCGUCAGCUUAGCUGUAAACAUGACUUUUAAAGAAUGAUGUAACUAUGAUUUAUGGUUACUGGGGAGAAGUAGAGUAGGUUAAACCUGAUAAAAGAUAACCUAAAAAUCUCAUAGUCUACAAUUGUUUCAACUUUAUUAUUUUUUUGGGGGGGGAGGGCUAGGAUUUUUUUUUUUUGAAUAGGAAUGCUAUUAAGAAACUCAAUUGAUUACUUUAAAUUUCUUUUCCUUUGAUUAUCCUAUAUACUUAUAUCUUUCAUUGGAGAAACAAUUCUCAGCAAUGGGGAACAAAGGCAGGAUGCCAGAGUAAAUACAAAUAGGAAGAAAAGCAGUCAGCAUAGAUAAAAAAUUCUUAAAUAUCAGCUAGUACAAUGGUAUCAAUAUUGUUAGUAUAAUGAGUGAUUUCCUAUAGACAACAUAAUGCUGAGAAAUGCCAGAUAGGUAUUCAAUAGCUUGUAAUGUUCAGAUCUUUAGCUUUGUAAUCAAUUGACCAGCUUAAGUCCUUAUGUUUGCACCUCCUGGUGCCUUGUACUAGCUGGCGUACAUGGUGGCUAUAAAACAUAGACCAUGCUGGCAAUUUAGAGAGUUCUUCCCCAGGUAAUGAUCAAUAAUUACUAGAAAUAUUUUUUCUCUAACCCUCGAGACAGAAGAGAAGUUGACAUUAUUCAGAGUAGUAUUUCUCUCUUAAAUACCCGGAUUCACCUCCAACAAAUGACUUUCUGUGGAAGAGAAGGAAUGAAGCAAUCAUGAUACCACUAGGUUCUUCAAUCAAGUGACAUCCUAUGCCUGCCUCCCACCUCCUUCAAGGACAGAUGAAGGCUCAGGAGCAUAGAGAUGGGGUGAAGCAUUGGACAGCAGUGAUAAACAUUGGGAAAGCUUUUGAGAGAAAAUGUUCUGUGCAUGUGCCCUGAAAGACAGCAGCCUUGGCUGGCAACAUAAGGGAUGGGACCAUUUUUGUUUUUUGUCUUUGUGGGGGAGCUAGGUGUGGGAUUGUUUGUCUAUGCCAAGAGCAGUUGUGUAUGCUUCCUGUCUUGAUUACCAUACAAGACAUAAAUGACCCCAGUUGUGGAUUUGGAGACCCUUUUCCACUGAGCUUGGAAGAGUUAUUUUAAUUGGUGAUUUUCUGAAAUAUAAUUAAGAUGAUUUGAAUGCAAAUUAAGUCAAUAAGCUGAGUGCUAUAGAAUUUCUUAAAUUUUAGAGCGUGAGAUAAAUUUAUAUUCUCUAUUUCUUUUUUUUUUAUUUCUAUGCUAAGUGAUAUCAAUCACGAUUUAUUUAACCACGAUCAUCUAGGAGUGAAGAGUAUCUCUGAGCUUUAUAAAGUAAAGAGUUAUUAGCUACAUUCAGAAUUAUCUUUUUUUUUCAUUGCUGCUGCACUGGCAAUACGUAAAUGCCACAGUUUUUAUUUGUUUUAUUUUAAUACAUAGACACAUAUUUUUUGCUCUUACUGGAAAAUCCCAAUCUCUCUCUCUCUUUCUCCCUCUCUUCCUUUCUCUCUCUCUGCAUUUAAAUUAAGCCACAAGUUGAUUGAACUGAGGCGUAGUUCAAGAUUACUAACAAGGGCAAAAUACAUAGAUGUAUAAAGUAAUUAUCUUUUCUUUUUUUCUUCUUUUUUCAUUUUCUUCCUCCCUCCCUCCCUACCUCCCUCCCUCCCUUCCUUUCUUUCUUCCUUUUUCUGACCUAUGAGCAAUUAAAGUUACUUUUUAAAUGCACAUGUACAGUCUUCUAUUCCUAUUUUAUGGAUAGAUUUGCUCAAGACACAAGUUGCAAAA